AUGCCGUUUUACCCAUCGGCCCACUCGGACGCCGUCCUGCGCUCGCACCGGGCCCGCACGGCAAAAGCGUGCGCCGCGUCGCUCCUGCCCCUACUGCGCCCGACCGACACGCUCCUCGACAUUGGCUGCGGGCCCGGCACCAUCACGGCGUCGUUCGCGCCCUUUGUCGCCCGCGUCACCGGCGUCGAGCACCCGAGCGCGGCGGGCGUGCUCGUCCAGGCGCGAGACGAGGCGCGGCAGCGAGGCCUCGAGGGCAAGGUCGAGUACGUCGAGGCGGAUGCGGCGGUGCUGCCGUUCGAGGACGGCUCGUUCGACGUCGUCUACUGCAACCAGGUUCUUCAACACGUGCCCGACCCGGUCGCCGUCCUGCGCGAGAUGGACCGCGUCUCUCGGCGGCUCGUGUUUGCGCGCGAGGCCGACCGCGGCACGUUUGCCCUGUUCCCGCCGACGCCGCUCCUCGACCGGUUCGACGAGCUGUGGACGCUCGUCGCGAGGGCAGGAGGGGGCGAGCCGGACGCGGCGCGGCGGCUCAAGGGCUGGGCGCGCGAGGCCGGGUGCGGCGGCGGGGCACGAGGGCGAGCGCGAGGGCAGCAGGUCGAGGUGACGAUGGCGGGCGAGACGCCCGACCCGCGCGAGUGGGGGGCCGUCUUUGCCGAGCGCACGACGACGGGCGGGCUUGCCGACAAGGCGCAGGAGCUCGGGUUGGCGAGCGAGGACGAGCUGGGGCGGAUCGGCGAGGCGUGGCUCGAGUGGAGCGAAAAGGAGGACGCGUGGCUCGGGUUCUUGCAGGGCGAGCUGCUCGUCACGAAGGAGGGAGCGUAG